UCGACCGGGUUCUAACUUCGACCGAAUUCGGUAUUGGGUCAGAAAAAUAUUUGAUAAAAAAAUAAAUAAAUAUUACUGGCUUUAAAAAAAUAUAUCUUUAUUUACACAAUUGAAUUGCGUUGUGUUUUCCUUUUGAAAUGACAGGUCUAUCUUUAGCCGUUUUCGAGCACUUUAUCCACGAAGUUAGGCUAGUUAGCGUCCGUGAGUUUUAUCGAGUGAAAAUAUCAAAUUUGCAUUUUGUGAGCUUUUUAGUGCCUUCUUUCAUAAUGCCUAAAACACCAAAAGAUAAAAAAGAAAAAAGGUCGUAUAUUUCGUAUGAAACGGAAAACCUAGAAAAGGCUGUAGAUGCAGUAAGACAGGGCAUGUCUUAUGGCAAGGCAGCAUUGCAGUUUGGGGUGCCCAAAACAACUAUUAUUGACCAUGUUAAGGGCCGAAUAAAAGCAGGGUCUAAGCCUGGUCGAAGCUGUGAAAUUGACCCUGCUUUAGAAAAACAGAUAGUAUCGAGAGUCCUCGAUGCUUCAAAAGCGGGGUUUCCAUAUACAAAACGCCGGCUUCUAGCAAUGGUAGGAAACAUUGCAAGGCGUCUGGAAAUAAAAACAAGAUUCAAAAAUGGUGUUCCUGGAGAGGGGUACUGGAGGAAAUUGAAGGGGAGGCACCCUGAACUGACCAUCCGGAAUCCAGAAGCCUUACCACAGUGUCGAAUGACAAUGCUCAACAGCAAUGUUGUAAAAAACUACUUUGAAGCUCUAGGGAAGCUGUUAGACGAUCUGCAGCUUACUUCGCGGCCUAAAUGCAUUUGGAAUUGUGAUGAGACUGGAGUACAGUUACAGCACAAGCCAACAAAAGUAGUUGCCCAGAAGGGAGUAAGAGGGGUGUCAGCACGUGUGACAGGGUCUCGUGAAAACAUAACCAUAUUUGCCACCAUUAAUGCCGCUGGCGAGUCAAUGCCCCCCAUGAUAAUAGUGAAGGGCAAAACCCAGCGAGCAGUUUCGUCGUUCAACGUCUGUGAUGCGCCAAAGGGAGCUGUGUAG